GGAUUAUACUGGGUUGUUGUUGUUGUUGUAUCAUUGGAUGUAUGUACUUAAUUCAUUCAAAUUAUUAAAAUAAUUUUUCCUAACUUAUACUAAGAUGAUAAAUAAAAAGAGAAUUGUUGUUACUCGUUUCAUAAUGAAUUAUAUUGGACUAUGUUGUUUAAUGAAUACAACGUUUGGAUAGAUUGUAUCGUUUGUCGUCGUUUCAUGAUGUCAUGCACCAACAAUAUGAAGAAUAAGCUUGCAACAUUACUAAGAAAAAAUAGGAUACAGAGUAGAAUUAUUGUAUAAAAAGUAGGAUAUAAUAUAAUUAUUUAAUAAUAAGGAAGAGCAAAAUGAGAGAAAAAAAUAAGGUAACGAUGCCACCACACCAAAUUGGUCGUUCCAUAAAAUGACACUUUUCGUUAUUACGUAACAACAGAUUUAAUAAUACGAUACAAUAAAAUUAAAUAACAUUCCAAACAAAUAUUGUAUCUAAAGUAAUACUAAUACGAUACAAUAAAAUAUACCAACAUUCUCCCACUCAUUUUACAAUAAAAUAUUUAACAACCUGUACAAACGAGCUGGAGUUCAGUUUGCAACUCAAACAUAGUCCAAAGGCCAAGGCUUGGGACUUCUCUUUUUAAUUCUAAUUCAAAAUUAAUAAAGAAGAUUCUGUUUAAUCUUUAAAGGGUCCUGAGUCAGAGGAUGACGAAGUGAUCGGCUUUGACGAGGAAGCAGAAGUAGUGAUCGAGCGACUUCUUAGAGGAUCGGGCUAUCAUGAUGUAAUUGUUCCCAUUGUGGGUAUGGUCGGACAGGGCAAAAGCACACUGGCAAGAAAAAUAUAUCAUGAUACUCGAAUUUCGCAUGAAUUUUUCAGCUGCUCUUGGAUUACCGUCGGCCAUUUAGGUAAGGUGAAGGAUAUCUGUCUUUCUUUUCUCAAAGGGCUGAUCACCACAAGAAGCUGGGAACAAUAUGAAGAUAUGAAUGAAAAUGAUUUACAGGAGAUAAUACUUGGUAUUUUGGAUAAAGGAGGUAGACGUCUUAUUGUCUUGGACGACGUACGGACCACUGAUGUUGUUGAUUUCUUCAGAAGGAUUUUUGGAGAAGAUGGAAAAGGUCACCGUAUCCUGAUGACCAUUCGCAUGCGCCACGUGGCUAUUAUUACUAAUUAUGCCGAUUCACAUCCUCAUUAUCUGAAAUUUCUGACUCCAGAUGAAAGUUUUGAGUUGUUAAAAAUGAAAGUUUUCAGCCGGAGAAGUUGUCCUGAUCAUGAGUUAAUCGGACUUGGAAAAAGAAUCGCACAAAAAUGUAGUGGAAUACCAAUUUUGGUAGUGAUAAUUGCAGGAGCAUUAAGAGGUUGGAGGAGCCAAAUAGAAUGGCAAAUAUUCGAGGAAAAUAUGGUGGAACAUGAGAUGAAUGACGAUGACGACAGUACAACCAUGUAUCAAUUUGUAAACCAGAGUUACGAUCAUUUGACUGAGGAAAUGAAGUUGUGCUUCUUGUAUUUCAGCGUCUUUCCGCGAGGAUUUGAUAUCCCAGCUUGGAAAUUGAUCCGCUUAUGGAUUGCUGAGUGCUUAAUAGAGUACAACCCAUCGUCAUCGCUUGAGGAGAGAGCAGAAAAAUGUUUGCAAAGCCUCGUCGAUAGGAAUCUAGUAAUGGUGAUCCAAAAAAGCUCUUGUGGUCAUAUAAAAACAUGUCGUGUUCAUGACCUUUUGCACGAGUUUUGCAAAGAGGAGGCCAAAAGAUGGUCUUUUCAACAAGUAUAUGAAGAUAUUGGCAGUAGUAUACCAGAGACUACUCGUCAAUUGUGUGUUCAAUCCUCUGUUCUGAAUGAUUUUCUCUCCACAAAGCCAUUAGGAAAGCAUCUUAGAUCUUUUUACUGUUUUACCUCAACACAAAGUCAAAUGAGGUUGUCGCUAAGUGACAUCAAACAUAUCACCAAAGCCUUUCCAUUGCUUAGGGUUUUGGACUUUGAAUCCGGCCAUCUUGUUUUCUCCAAAGAGUUUCUCCAGUUAUUUCUAUUGAGAUAUAUUGCUAUCUCAGGUGACUUCAAGGUUAUUCCUGUACCCUUAGGUAAAUUCUUAUAUUUACAAACUCUUAUACUUAAUACAUCAAAUUCCACCCUUGAGAUAAAAGCAGACAUAUGGAAGUUAUUGCGGUUGAGGCAUCUUCACACCAACGUCCCUGCAGAAUUGCCGCUACCUCCUAUCCCAACAGGUGAAGCUUCUUGCCUACAAACUCUUUCUCUGAUUACACCGAAAAGUUGCACGAAAGAUGCCUUUGCAAAAGCUUGUAAUCUCAAAAAGUUGGGUAUCCGAAGGAAUAUGGAGGCUUUCCUUGAAACUAGCAAGGGUGGAUGGCAAAAUCUUAAAGAGCUAUGGUGCCUGGAACGUUUGAUAAUAUACAAUGAUGGUUCAUACUCUCGUAAACCUUAUCUUCCUCCAUUUUUCAAGUGUCUACGCACACUGAAGAAGUUAACUUUGUCUAAUACAAUGUUUGAUUGGAGCGAGGCGGAUAUACUGGGGCGGUUGGAAUGCCUUGAGGUCCUGAAAUUGAAAGAAAAUGCAUUCGAGGGGAUGUUAUGGAAGGUGAAACGAGGUGGUUUUAAUGAACUCCAGGUCUUAAAGAUUGAAGGGGCAGACUUGGAAAAUUGGGAGGCUUCAGAAUAUCAUUUCCCACAACUUAGGCACCUUGUUCUUAAAUCUUGUGAAAAUCUUGAAGCACUGCCAUGUGAGCUGGCUGAUGUACCUAGCUUUGAAGAGAUGAAGCUGGAAAACACAAGAAAAGCAGCCAAAUCAGCGAGAGAAAUAGAGCGCAGGAAACUCAUGAAAAGCAUCAAAUUCAAGCUCACGUUAUCGCCCCCUGAUACUGAAUAGAUAGAUGGUCACAUGCAGUUGAAAGAGAUUACCUCAGCAGUGAUAACUAUAUAUCCGCAACACAGCUUUCUCUCUCUUCAUGCCAGAAAUCAAGCUAAGGUAUGAUGAUGCUCUUUGAUAAGGAUUAAGGAGUCACCGCAUUUCAUGUUCUCUUUCUAAGUUGUAAUAAAACUGCUCCAUCUUUCCGUUUCUGUUGUGUCUAUUGUUUUACUUCUUUAUUGCUUUCUCUGCAUAAGCAUGGAUAUUGUUGAAAGACAUGUUAUUCCUUUUUUCUUUUUCUUGCUUUGCCAUAAAAGACAUGUCAUUCCAACUAGAUAAACUACUACAAGCCUUGUUUCUCAUUAUUACACAUAGCUACAUUAUAA